AUGGGGAAGCUUUCACUUGUUGCUUCUCUUCUCUUGUGCUUGUUAGUCGUUGCAAGUGCCAACACCGCCACCUCAACAGAGGAUGAGCACGAAAAUCAGGGGUCGCAAAGGUGCCAAGAGCAGAUCCAGAGGCAGAGGUUGAACCACUGCAGGAUUAUAAUGACAAUGCUUGAAAAUAAAAGAUACAUGUACCUUUCAAGAAGCCGCCAAUAUUAUGGCGACGAGCUGAGCAUGGUGAGAGACGACGAUGAAAGCAACCAAGGACAGCAGCAUCUCCAACAAUGUUGCCAAGAAUUGAGGAACAUGGACACCCAAUGCCGCUGCGAAGCUCUAAGGAGGAGGAGGAGGAUGAUGCAGGAACGUGGUAGCCGAGGCCAAGAGUCUGAGCGCAUCAUGGAGAGAGCUCGUUACCUCCCCCGUACGUGCAACAUUCAGCCUACUCAGUGCCGCUUCUAA